AUGGACAUUGACAAUGCGUUCAAAGAGUUGGCAGAUACAACUCGUGAGAGCAAUUGGACCAGCAAUGAGCAGGACCGUAGCGGCGAGCAGAUCUGCAGCGGUGAGCAGGACCGUAGCGACGAGCAGGACCGCAGUGGGGAGCAGGACCGUAGCGGUGAGCAGGACCGCAGCGAAACAUUUAAAUAUAUUUCGAGAAAUUAUUGGCCUCCAGGCGCGGUACUUGAAGCUUCUUCACAGCCAAGCUGCUCCGUCAUUAUCGUCCACCAGGCCCUCAGCAUACCCUCACCACAUUUCAUUGCAAUUAUUACAAAUAAGCUAGUGGCUCCUUCAGGAAUAUCAGUGUGGGAGGUGGCAGCGGACGGCCAGGACGCUAACAUGACGCUAACGCAGCUCCCCCGCGUGGUCGACCAGGCUCGGCGGCUGCGGCAAGUGUUGUGGUGCGUGACGGUGGUGGUGGUGAGCGACGACCUCGCCUUCCUCGCCGCCUUCGCUGAGUGGUCUCUCAAGGGCCGCUUGCUGGUUUGGGCAACGAGGCUCCUCGCAGUCACUCGUCUCACCCUUCCAGAGGUGCAAGACCUUCUGUGCUCCCACUGGACAUUUUCCAUGAUGAAUACCAUGUUACUUAUCUUGAACGACAGGUCACGCAUUCCCAGUUUCAGCGUGUAUGUGAGCCUGCCGUACAGCGCCUCACAUACCAGGAUAGUGCGGACGGCGUCCUGGACAACAGUUCGUGGCCUCCAGCUCACUAACCAUGAUCUAUUUCCUAACAAGUUCAAUAACUUUUACGGAGCCUCAGUAAACGUGACCGCUCUGCCAUACCGACCUUACUGGACUGAGGCGGAGGUGGAACAAGAUAGUUCUAGUUCCACCAGGUACUCUGGCAGCGACGCCAAGCUCCUCAUCACCAUAGCUGAAGCCCUCAACUUCACUUUUAUUGUCCUUCCUGUAACUUCCUGGGACCAGGUGACAAGCUUGGUAGUGGAUAGGAUCUCCUUCAUGGCUACGGUCUUCCACGUUGUACUACCACAGCGCCAGCUCAUUUAUGACUUCACAUAUAUCUAUGAGCACGAUCCGACUGGCUUCGUAAUGGCCAAGCCGUCCCUAAGAUCAAACUGGCAAAGCCUCUACGCGCCAUUGACGGACGAGGUGUGGGCGUCAGUGCUGGCGUCCGUGCUGCUGGUACCGCUCCUGCUCUUCCUGAUCACACGUCCUCAACGAGGAGAAGAAUACGGUAGAGGAAUGUCCUUGGGAGAUGCGGCUGAGAUAGCGGUGGGAUCACUGCUCGGCCAGGGCACCAGCAAGCACCUGCCUACCAGUAAUUCAACCCGGCUACUGCUGACAACGUGGCUGUUGUUCACGCUGGUGGUGGGCACCGUCUACAGGGGCAACCUCACUGCUUAUCUCACCAUGCCCAAGUACCCACCCAGACCUGAAACCCUCGAUCAACUCGCCACAACCGCUCAAAAGGUAACGAUGCCGCCUUAUGGAGACACGUUUAAGCAGUUCUUCAAACAAUCGGAGUCCAAAGUGCUUCAGACCCUUUCUCGCCUUAUGGAGCUAAUCCCAUCUGCUGAAGACGGACUAAGACAAGCUAUUGAUAACAAACAAGCGCACAUGGACGGUCGCCGCUACAUGGAGCAAAUUAUCGCAGACCACUUCACGCGUGCUGACGGCAGCUCUAAACUGUACUUCGGCCGAGAGAGUGCUUUAGAAGGCAAAGGAGCGUGGCCCAUACCUCACGACGCUCCUUACAAGCAACAACUAGACACAGUGAUGAUGUCUGUUCUUGAGGCGGGACUAUACAACAAGUGGGUUGAGGAGAUGUUGGAGAGAUCGAAGCAGGAGAGUCGCAGGAGAGCACAGGAGUCGCAGAGGCCGGCGGCGGCCCAUGACGAGACUGAUCACACCAGGAACCAGGCUCUCACCCUUCACCACAUGCAGGCUCCUUUCUACCUACUCGUCAUGGGCCUCUCUUCCUCUCUCCUUGUCUUUGUCCUCGAACUUUUCUGCAUAAUUUUGACCUAA